CAUGAUUCGAAACCCCCCCGCCCUUCAAUUUUCUUAUUUUCACCUUCUUGCGCUCAUUCUUCUUGGUUUCUAUUGAGCGCCCCUUCGACUCUGGUCGGCGACUCUUCUAAUUCCGAUUCCUUCCACCAUCCAUUCUAUUUGACUUAAGCACCCAGAAUAAUUCAGCGCGCGCUUCUGAUCAUGCCCUUCCACAAGCCAUUCCGGUGAUAGCUUCCUUCAAUAGUGUGCCCUUCGACGAGAUCUUCCCUCCUCUUUUCCCCGCUGCGCCCACCGAGCUCAUCUCCGCCGGCCAAUUCUAAGUGAACCGCUGCGAACAAUGGCCUCCUCAGCUGGCUCUUCAGUGAGCGAGCUUUGCGCCCGACUCUACGAUGCCUGUCUGAAAAACUUCCCUCCCGAUCAUCUCUUCUACCAGCAAGAUCUUCUCGGACUGGGAAUCGUCCCUAAAAAUGACCUCGCGCUACUUCUUCAAUGCACCCAAUCGCUCGUUGACCAAAAACUAUUCCGCCUGCUCCAGGGAAAGAAUGAUCGAUUGGCAUGGAAGAUUAUCUCGCGGGAGGACGCAGAGAAACUCCAAAACCUCAGCCCUGACGAGAGUUUGGUCUACAAUGUCAUUCACUCGACCGGGCGCUCUGGCAUCUGGGUGCGCGCCAUCGGCACGCGGACGAACCUCCACAAAUCGAUCCUGGACCGCUGCCUCAAGUCGCUCGAAGGGAAGAACUAUAUCAAAAGUGUGCACAAUGUCAAAUUCCCCAGCCGGAAGAUGUACAUGCUUGCGGGGCUGGCGCCUAGCGAGGAUGUGACGGGAGGGGCCUGGUUCACGGACGGCGUGCUGGACGAGAACUUCAUCAACAGCGUCGCCGGGUUCAUCGAGUGGAAGGUAAGCCAGAAGAGCUGGUACGAGGUACCGGCCGUUCAGCAACACCGGAACAACAAGCGCCUCAAGACCGCGGACGGGAACGGAAUCACAAACCACUAUGACACCGACCAGCAACAACCUCCUCCAAAGGAAUACAUCCCAUUCCCCGCCGGGUAUCAGGGCUACCCCACCAUCGCCGAGUUGACGGCCGCCGUUAACGCCAGUGGCAUCACCCCCGUCCGCCUGGGCGAGGAGAGCAUCACCCAGCUCCUGGAGAUGCUGUGCUACGACAACAAACUGGUGGCCCUCAACAACGGCGAGGUCUACCGUUCCGUCAAAACCCCCGAGCAGGUCAAGUCGCAGCAAGCGCGCAAACCCCCGGGCGAUGACUCCGGGAUCGACGACCGCCUUGUCCGAAACGGCAUGACCGAAGCUCCCUGCGGCCAUUGUCCGGUCUUCAAGCUCUGCGCUCCCGGUGGCGCCGUCAGCCCGGAGAGCUGCGAAUACUUCGAUCCCUGGUUAGAGAAAGCAUUGGGAUUUUAGAAAAGAGGAAGGGACGUUCCUUGCGCUCUCUAUGUGAGACUGGGUGGCAUUGUCCUGUGCAUACCUCGGUUUCAUUAUUACCUCAUCUUUUCCUUGGACAUUACCCCUCUCCCGGAAACAUUUUCUUUUAUUCUCAACCACUUAUCAGUUCACUGUAUACCAAUCUCUGCGCAGUCAUAAAACAAAGAGAGGACUAGCUCUUUUGCCGCUGGAGAUAAUCUGUUUGUUUGCUUUGCAUAGCGAUGGCGUCGUUUCUUUUUGAUGUUCAGUUCUCGCAAUGAGUUGUCUGAUCUUGGAGUGUGGACACGAGGGCCAGAAUGAUAUACCAAAAAUAUGGAUGGAUGGUCUUAUCGGUUUUUUUUGUGUGUGUGUGUGGGUGUGUUUCUCAAUCAGGACAUCCGUCCACAAGGUUAGAUUUAAAACUUCAUUUCAGAAAUUGAGGAAAGGAAGAUCCGGAGAAUGGAGGUUGGCC